UUGAAACUGAGAAAUGUUAUUGACCUUUUCGAAUUUGUGUUUGAUAUUUGCCACUGAAAGCAGCAUAAGCCAAACACUUGCACCAAUUAAACCCACGGUUGUGAAAUCAAGUCUAAUUUUAAACCACACGAUUAGUGAAAAGCUCCUUUACUUCUGCACCGCAAAAUGAAGAAAUCUCUAAUCCCCCCCGUCGGGGCUCCACCCAGACCAUAGCGUUGAUAAAACCGGCAGGUGUCGGACCGUUUAACCAUUCACCCCAGUUCUGCCAGCAUGAUUCCCUUCCUCCAACUCCUCAGCCUCUUUUUUGUCACUUCCAAAAUGGACGACGAGGACAAAAACAAAAGCACCGACUACGACCUGUCCUCGUACAAACGCGGUGACCUCCUGGAGGUUCCCAGAACCCUCUUCACCCAUUUCGGCAUCUACCUGGGCAACAACCGGGUGGCCCACUUCAUCCCGGACAUCCUUCCGGUGUUCACGAAGAACGCAGAAGCCGUUGCGAAGAUGGUGACCAACAACCGCCUGAUUCUAGGGGUGGUCACCAAGGCGGCGAGUGUCAGGGUGGACACGUUGGGGGACUUUGCGUACGGCUCGGAGAUCCUGGUCAACCGCACGGACGGGCUGUGCAGCCGGCCCCCCCUGGGCGGGGACGAGGUGGCCAGGAGAGCCGAGAAACUCGUCGGCCCGUGCGACUACAGCCUGCUGUGGUACAACUGCGAGCAUUAUGUCAUGUACUGUCGUUACGGCGUCGCCAUCAGCUACCAGACCUACCAGGUGGAGUAUGGGUUCUGUACAGCAGUGAGAAGGAUCAUCUGCAGUCGAAUGAAUGCCUACCUCACUGCCCUGUGUGGAAUGGGUGUCAUGUUAUACCUGGGCUCCUUAACGCUGCUGAACACAGCAGCCACCCUGCUGGUCGCCUUCACUCUCUGGAUGGCAUCAUAAAACAAAAUGGCCUACGAGAUCCAACUGACUGGACAGAAGAAUAUGGAAGGCUUAAACGAUGUCCAGCUACCGCCAUCACUGCAUUAUCACUGCAUAUGAACAAACAAAAAAAAGCACUGUCGGGAAUGUGUGUUGAGUGUGGUUUUGACUUGAUUUAUUAAGGUAUUUUGUGCUUAAAGGGUUUGAUAUUUUAAAAAGCAGUAUACAUAUUUACAUCUGAUAUUAACUGUGUACAAUACUGUAAAGAUAUUGUUUGGGCAGUAUAUAAUACCAUUAUCAAUUACAUGAUCAAAAAUUAUUUGUUGUAGUUUUUUAGGCUCUUAUAUUGUGACAUGAUCUGGUCUACUGUUAAGUGGUACGGCCGGGUGAAAAGCAAAGAAAGAAAAAGCAAAAACAUAGCUGGCUAAAGAAAAAGCAGCAAGCAUUGUACUGCUACAGUGGAUGACAAAGAAUGGCCACCAUGAUGAAAAAACAAACAAACUGUCCAACAGAUCAGGAAUACUCUUCAGGAGGUAGGCGAAGCAUGUGUUAGUCUGUUAGCCACUAGCAUCUGCAGAAACCAUCACCAGCCAUUGCUGGUUGAAAUUGACUGUUUCUUUUCAUUUAUUUUGGAAUCAUUUGUACCUCAGCAAUUCAGAAAAAUAAGGCAGAGACGCAGGCCUCAGAGGAGAAUAUACAGACAUGCGCAGAACCUUCCAGAUAAAUAGUGCCAGAGAGUAAAGGACCCGAAAAAAGCCACAAUUAAAUAAAGACAGGGUUAUUUUUAAAUGUUACUGCCAAACUCUGACAGGGUGAAUACUAAACUAUGUAUCUACGGCUUUCAAAUAAGUGAAUAAGGCUACUUUCAGAACAUUUUAAAUGAUACAACUUAUCAUUUAGAUGGCAUUGUAAGUAGAUGGCAUUGUAAGUAAAUCAUGCAUCUGAAUGAAUAGCACUAUUUUGGAAUACAUGGGGAGACAGGUCUUAACCUAUGAAAAGUUCUAGAAAUAUGCUACAUUCUUGGCUAAAAUUGUUUGUAGCUACAGCCUCAAAAGCAUGACUGAAACUGUACCGUUGCAGAAGGAGAAAUGUUUUCUCAGUGUGCAUAAUUCUUCCCAUCCUUUUCUCCAACUGGCAUAUUUAGAAUGAAUAACAAACCAUUAAAUAAUUCACUAUACAAGGGUCAUUUCAGAACAAAUCAUUUGGCAUUGUUGAUUUAACUAAUGAUAUAAUGUACAUGUAAACAUUACCUUU